UACGAAAAGACUGAACAAAUUUUGACAGUUUUUUUAUUUUCGAAAAAUACUAAAGCAACAUAACUCAAUUUGCUGUUUCAUUAAUUUUAGAUCACCUGCAGCGGAACUGUCGCAAGGCGAAGGGGCUUGUUUCCACGUUGCACAACCUGUAGCAGUUUGCACUCACUGCUACCAUCAGUGAGCUAACGCUGCUUAUUGCUCACGAAAUGUGCGCUUGGAGACGACAUAUUUCAGCAUAGCGACUUCCACCUCACGGAGGAAAACCCUAACUUGCAGUGAUGUCAGAGUCAAAGCCCCCCACACCAACACCAGGAGACACCUACAAAGGUUGGCUGUUCAAGUGGACCAACUACAUUAAAGGCUACCAGAGACGCUGGUUUGUCCUCAGCAAUGGGCUGCUGUCCUACUACAGGACUCAGGCUGAAAUGGGCCACACGUGUCGUGGAACCAUCAACUUGGCGACGGCUAAUAUUGCUGUUGAAGACUCCUGUAACUUUGUCAUCUCCAACGGAGGAGCACAGACCUACCACCUGAAGGCAAGCUCCGAAGUGGAGCGGCAACGUUGGAUCACUGCUCUGGAGCUCGCCAAGGCGAAGGCUGUCCGCAUGCAGGCCGAGUCAGAUGACUCUGGGGACGAUUGCUCUCCUGUACCUGCUUCCACUGGACAAGGUGGUGGGCGUAACUCAGAAAUGCAGUCAGCACUACGAACAUUGAGUAGCAAGGUGGAAGACCUCACUACAUGCAAUGACCUGAUUGUCAAGCAUGGAUCUGCACUCCAGAGGUCUCUGUCUGAGCUGGAGAAUAUCCGAGCUGGAGGAGAUAUGGGGGAGAAGAUCCGACAAGUGACAGAGAGAGCAACGCUGUUCAGAAUCACCUCAAAUGCAAUGAUCAAUGUAUGUAGGGACUUCCUCUCAAUGGCCCAGCAGCACAGUAAGCGCUGGCAGAAGGCCUUGCAGGUGGAAAGGGAUCAGAGGAUUCGGCUGGAGGAAACUCUGGAGCAGUUGGCCAAGCAGCACAAUCACUUGGAGAGAGCUUUCAGAGGAGCGACGGUCCUUCCUUCGUCUUUUAGCAAUUCUGAUUUAGGAAGCAAAGGUGGUGUUCCUGGAAAAGGGGAUGCCAGCGAUGAGGAUGAUGACAACGAGUUUUUUGAUGCCAUGGAGGACCCUGCAGAGUUCAUCACCGUCCCCGCAGACCCAAAAUAUCACAGGCGGUCUGGCAGCAACAUGAGUGGCUUCAGCAGUGAGACUGGAACAGAUGACCAGUCUAUAAAUUUUGAUGAGCAAUCGUUGGCGUCCAAUCCCGAGUCUCCCCAGUUGCUGGAGCUGGAACCGGUCCGACAGAGACGCACUCGCAUCCCAGACAAGCCCAACUAUUACCUCAAUCUGUGGAGCAUCAUGAAGAACUGCAUUGGAAAGGAGCUUUCCAAGAUACCAAUGCCUGUGAAUUUCAAUGAGCCUCUCUCAAUGCUGCAACGUCUCUCUGAAGACCUGGAGUACUAUGAGCUGUUGGAUAAGGCCGCAAAGUGUCACAGCUCUCUAGAGCAGAUGUGCUACGUGGCGGCUUUUACAGUCUCGUCUUACUCGACCACUGUGCAUCGCACAGGAAAGCCCUUCAACCCGCUGCUUGGAGAAACCUUCGAGUUGGAUCGACUUAGUGAAUGUGGCUAUCGUUCACUCUGUGAACAGGUCAGUCAUCAUCCACCUGCUGCAGCUCACCAUGCCGUGUCAGAGAAGGGUUGGACCCUCAGACAAGAGGUCACUCUGGCCAGCAAGUUCCGGGGGAAAUAUUUGUCUAUAAUGCCGCUUGGUUCUAUCCAGUGUUUGUUUGAAAAGAGCAACAAUCACUACUCCUGGAAAAAAGUGACAACAACAGUACACAAUAUUAUUGUGGGGAAAUUAUGGAUCGAUCAGUCAGGAGAGAUCGACGUGGUCAACCACAUGACGGGGGAUCGCUGUCAUCUCAAGUUCGCCCCCUACAGCUACUUUUCUAGAGAUGUCCCGAGAAAGGUGACCGGUGUGGUGACUGACAAGGCUGGCAAAGCGCACUACGUAUUGUCUGGAACAUGGGAUGAGAAGAUGGAGUUUUCCAGGGUAAUGCAAAGCAGCAAAGGGGAGAACGGCACCGAAGGCAAACAGAAAACUGUGUAUCAGACACUUAAAGCCAAAGAAAUCUGGAAAAAGAAUCCUCUACCCGAUGGUGCAGAAAGCAUGUACUUCUUCUCUUCGCUGGCCUUGACUCUCAAUGAACCUGAGGAUGGAGUGGCGCCCACUGACAGUCGGAACCGGCCUGACCAGCGCUUAAUGGAGGACGGACGGUGGGAUGAGGCCAAUGCAGAGAAACAGAGACUCGAGGAGAAACAACGAAUCGCUCGCAGGGAGAGAGAAAGGGAGGCUGUGAAAGCUGCCAACUCACCUGAGGAAGCUGUCAAUGAGGAGCAGAUAAAUGACUCGCCAUUCAAAAGCAAGUACUCCUUUAAAAUAAGCACCCCAAACUUCACCUCCAAAAUAUGCCCCCCGUGUGAGGUCUUGACCACAUCAUCACAUUCAUUUGUGUUCCGUUUAGCUGGCGCGGUGGAGACGGGAACCGAAGCCAGCGAGGUUUCAGAAACUGACACAGAGGAUUCCCCCCCUCUCACUCCUGUUGCAUCACCACACGGACCCUCACAAUUUACUUUUCAAAGUCCGAACGGAGCUCCAGUAAAAAGCUCUCACCAGGACAACUAUCAAGCGCUGUGGUUUGAGAAACUGGACGACCCGGUGUCUAGGGAGACCCUGCACGUCUACAAGGGAGGCUACUGGGAGGCCAAGGACAAAGGCAGCUGGGACAUUUGCCCCAACAUCUUCUGAGCGCCAGCCGGAAGCUGAAGAUAAGUGAGGAGAUUUGCGAAGUUCAUUCUCAGGACGAGGGUGUGGACUUGUUUCUCUCGUUGCCCUCGAUUAAAAACCCAUCACUGUGUGUCGCUGCACAGCCAGGUAACCUUCAGGGUCCUCUCUCACUGCCACUCUUCUGCUUCUUCUACUGAGUUGCAUGUCUUCAUUUGCCGCGAUUAUCUUCACAUUUGAACGUGACAUCCUAUAAAAAAAAAAAAAGAUAAAACUGAAGAAGGUUCUUCAGCACUGUGUUUUCUUAGCAAGAAUUUGCUGCAUCAUGGAAUCCAUUCACUCUGACACUAGGGCCUUGUCCAUACAUAGGCUGGCUGUCAACAUGCCGUCACUGGCUGCUUCUAAAAGACACCAAUAUAUGGCUCACUGCUGAAGCACUGAGAAAUGUUGGUGCAAUAUGGCUGUUCUUGGUGUGACGAUUAAGAUGUGGAUCAAUGGUGACUGGUUGGGGCUACACACUGCUUUCUGAACUGGAAGGACGUGCACAGUGGCACCAUGCGUUCAUACUGCACUUAUAGAGCAGUACAAUCUGAGGUGUCUGGUAAAGUUACAGAAUCGGUCCCUGAAUCAUCAUUUCAUAAGAGUUGGACCUCCACUCCUAUUGUCCCAAGAUGCACUGCAACAGUUGUAGCUAUUUUGCAGUGGUGAAUUCCAGUUGGAACAUCUUCAGUUCCUGAAAAUGCCCUGUUUCCCCUGCGGAGUGCAUUUUUGGAGCCUUUUGUAUUGGCAGUUCUGUUAGUACGAUCGGUAGCAGAGUUUAACGUCUAUGAUGAUGAUGGGACGCUCCAGACAUGACAGAAACAUUGCCUUUAAAAUAUGUGGUGCUUCGUUCUCCCCAGUUGGUGAAUUGCAUUUUAACCUUGCAGCUUCCUGUCAUCUUCAUGUGUGGCGUUGCAUCCAUAUUUUCAGCUCCCAAACUCCCAGGAUGUGCUCCUAAACCAGUCUAGUGUCUGAGCUCCUCGCAGCUGAAUGUGCUUGUAAGACCUUGAAAGUGAGGCGUCCAGGUUGAUGACCUCGCAACAUGCCUGUGUCACCUCAACUCACUUCCUUAUGCAGAAGUCUGGAGUCCGGAGGUAUAGAGCUUGGCAGCCUGUAGAGGUUCAUUUAGAGGUAUUGUCACCUGACUUGCUAACAGCAACCCGACUUCUUCUAUGUAGGCGAGGACUUUCCCACCAGGCUUCGGUGGAUUUCACUGAAUGAAACCCUGGAAUUGCGACACAAUUGAGACAUUUUUAACAGAAAAUAAACAUUUCUUUGGCUAGAGGAAUUCAAAUCAAUAAUGCUGCUUGUGGCACAAAAAAAACAAGCCCCUGUACUUCAGAACUCUACAGAAGAAUAUCCUCGGACUAUACAUCCUCUGAUGAGAUACAUAGCUCAGUUUGAGGUACUGAAGCUUCUUCUGUUGAAGCAGCUGUUUGAUCAUCUUCAGAUGACUCUUGUGAACGUUCAUCCAGGACUUCACACCCGUGGGCAGGAGUAGACUCCCACUGUGACUCCUGUCGCUCUCCUGUCCUGGUAAGAGACACCGGCGUAUCCAAGUACUUCCUUGCACCAGAGUAUACUGUCUUGUUAAGGGUGGAACCUCUAUCUCGUCCUCUUUUAUCUCUGUAGUUUCUAAACCACCUCUCACAUCACCAACCGUACAUCCAGUGCUGACAUCACUGCAUUAUUGAGGUUGUGUUGUUCAGCUAUUGUGGAACCUUUGCUUGCAGCCAUGCAGUGUCGAAUCAGUUGAGUCUUCUUAAAGGGCAGAUCUGAAGCUCCCACAAAUAACUGAGCUUCUCCACCUGCCAGCUCGACAGCAAAAUAAAAAACACUAUCAAUGGCCUCAGAGUUUUUCCAAUCGCUCCUGAUUUUACUCCAUUUUUGUGGCGUCAUUUGUGCGUCUUAAACGACAGCAAUAUGAGUGCCUGACUGCUUUGGCACAGAAAUGUGAAGGUUGCGAACGUUUUUCUUUGUAUUGUGCUCGUGUUUGAAAGUAAAAAGACUCUCAUCACACACCAUAUUUAAGUGUACUUAAGAGAACGUUGAGAAAGACCAAAUGGAUCACUCACAGUGGUGUUGUAAAUAUCCGAAAUAGUCUGUGUGAUUGAUACUCCUUUAUUCGAUAAUAGAGAGAAACAAAUCUAAUAGCAAACAUUGCAGCAAGGCACUUUUUCAGUUUCAUCUUGGGUUUUGCAGCCUGAUCUGGGUCGUCUGGGUGUUCCCUGUUGUCUGAAGAGUUUUUUAUUUAUAUGAUUUUAUGCACAUUCUAAUGUUUUGAAAGUGUGUUUUAGGACGUUAAUUGUAGUAAUGAGAUCAUGAGAUUACUUUUUCAAUUGUUAUUUUAAUUCACUGCUCAUUCACCUCAUCACAAAACUGAGUUUUGGCCUUCUGUAGAUUCACUAUUCAGCUUUGACGUUUGUGGCUUCCAAAGCAACUCAGUAUGCUCAGUAUAUAUAUAUAUAUAUAUAUAUAUAUAUAUAUAUAAAAACACACACAACGAUGCGUUUUAGUUCUGCUGCCCAUGUGUUCCAUUUGCUUCUUGUGACCUGUCCUGGUUGAAUAAACCUGACUUUGGAGAACUUCAUUGUAAUGACACAGACGUGUACAUAAUAAAUUGUUCGUUUUAUCUGA